GGGCUUCAUUUUCAAGCCUAUCCUACUGAGGCUCUAGUGACAGUGCCUGAUCUUCAUAAUAAACUUUGAGUGGCAACAUAUGCUUUAUAUAAUGUUUGCAGGAUGAAUGCCAUAGUCAAUACAUCUAUGUAACCAAGUUUGCUUUUCAAAAAUCUCUAACUUCUCACUAGCGCAAACCAAUGAGAUCAAGGGCGGAAACAAGGAGGUUAGAAUUCUAACAGCCUUGGACGGAAAUGUAUCUCGUAUAGCAUCUUUGAAGUAUUUUUCCAGGUGCGCGACUGUAUCUUUGUGUUUUGUUGUUAAUGUGUUUGUUAUGAUUUGUAUAAUGGAGGGAUUCAUGGUGAUGAGUAAGUAGUGCAAUGGAAGUUGAUAAUGAUGCAUUAAGAGACUUAUCUUGCUCUAACGAAAACAGUGACGAAUCCGCACAUAAAAUGACUGCCGAAGAAGAAGUCGAGGGUGGUAAUGAUUUGUUGUUUGACCAAAAUUCCGACAGUGAUUCAGAUUCCUCGUCCAACUCGGAUGAAGAAGAAGCAAAAUUGGAAAAAGAAGCACAGGAGCUAGAAGAAAAGGUUGGUGUGAAUCCAUAUGACUACAGUGGGCAUGUAGCUUUGAUAACUACGUUGCAAAAAUUAGCUGAUCUUAGCAGACUGCGUGCUGCCAGGGAACGCAUGUGUAAAUAUUUUCCCUUGGCACCUGGUCUUUGGCUGUCUUGGUUAAGAGAUGAAACUGCUGUUGCUACGUCAGAGGAAGAAAAGAAAUCUGCUCUGAAUUUAUUUGAAAAAUCAGUGCAGGAUUACAUGUCUGUUGACAUAUGGCUAGAGUAUAUCCGAUACAGUCGCAGUUGUGUAGGGUCUGCCUGUAAUGAGGAUUAUGUGCGUGAUGUUUGUGAGAAAGCUGUUGCAAUUGCAGGACAUGAUUUCAGGAGAGGUACAGAAGUCUGGAAGGAAUAUAUAUUAUUUGAGAAACAAUUAGCAGCUGUAAAAGAGGUUGAUCAGUCAGAAAAGGAAGCAAAACUUUGGCGUCGAUUGCUGUCUGUCCCUUUGGCAGGGACAGAUAAAUCUUAUAGAGAGUUUUUUGAAUGGGCAAAUUCACAUAACGUUCCAAUAGAUUUUGAUGUGUCUGAGGUAGAAUCAGAGAUGCACCGACUGGAAAAAUUCGAGAAACAGCUGGAGUCAUGUGAACUCGGGAAAAAGCCACAGCUAUACCGAGACUAUUGCCACCGUGAAGAACUGAAAAGUCGAGCACGGGCAACAUGUAUUUGGGAGCGUGCGGUUGCAGAAAGCUGUCUGGAUCCUGAACUGUGGUUCGACUACUUGGAGUUUGCGUAUCAGAGGGGCGGAGGGACAGCCUCAGAGGUGCUACCUCUGUGUGAGCGUGCAGUGCGAAAUUGCCCAUGGAGUGCCCAAUUGUGGCAGUUUUACUUACGAGCAAUGGAACGGUUUGAAAAGCCAAAUAGUGAUGUUACAGGAUUAAUGGAACGAGCCUUGAUAGCAUGCUCAGAUGCAGCUGACAGUUUACGAAGCAUCUGGAUUGGCUUUGCAUCAUACAUGCUGCGCAGAGUGAAAUGGUCUACGAAAUCCAAUUUGGAUAGUGACAAAGGUGAACCUGAAGGUCUUGAGGAACUGAGAGCUACUUUCAAUAAGGCCUGUGAGCAUUUGGCACAAUGUUUUGGGUUACAGGGUGAUCCUGCCUGUGAGAUAUUGCAGUACUGGGCACGUGUGGAAGGUGGACGUGUGGGUGACAUGGCACGUGCUCGACAGCUGUGGAAUGACAUACUCAGUCAGGGUCACAGCUCCAGUGCAGCUAUGUGGCUUGAGUACAUCAAUUUGGAAAGGUUACAUGGUGAACGCAAGAGGCUGCGCUCAAUGUUUGCACGAGCUUUGUCUUCUGUUCAGGAUUGGCCGGAAAGCAUCUACCAAGCAUGGAUAAACUACGAACGUGAUGAGGGUACGCUUGAUACAUUGGAAGACUGUGACGCAAAAUACAAGAAGUGUAUGGAAGAGGUACGGAAGCAGAGAGAGAGAGAAUCAUUCAAACAGGAAAAGAAACGUACGCCUGAUGCAAAAGUGAAAGGAAAGAGAAAGGCUGACCAUACAGAAAAUGAAGGGAAGUGGGCAAAUGUGCCAGCAGCAGGAUCUGUUGUCUCAAGUAAGGAAGCACAGUCUGCAACCAAGAGUGAUGAAUCACAGCCUCCAGCAAAGAAAAUUAGAAAAGAAAGUGAGUCAGAGGAACACAGUCAUGGUGUUACUGUUCCACAUGACCCGUCCAAGGAUGACCGCACAGUAUUUGUCAGUAACCUCGCAUUUACUGAAACAGAAGAUGCUGUGCGGAAAUUAUUUGAAGGUGUUGGCACAAUUACAGACUUCCGUCUUGUCCGAGAUUACAAAGGCCGUUCUAAAGGCUACUGUUACGUUGAGUUCAGCACGACAGCUGAAGCAUCUGAAGCUUUGAAAAAGGACAGGACCCCAUUGAAUAAUAGGCCUGUUUUUGUGUCAAAAUGUGAUCCUGAUAAACACACACGCAAACCUGUCUUCAAGUACAAUACUGGUCUUGAGAAGAAUAAACUUUUUGUUAAAGGACUAGCCUUCUCAACAACAAAAGAAGAUUUAGAAGAAAUUUACAAACAAUAUGGUGCACUGAAAGAAGUUCGCCUUGUUACAUAUAGGAAUGGCCACUCUAAAGGACUCGCCUAUGUAGAGUUUGAGGAUCAGGCUUCUGCAGCACGUGCCCUUCAGGCAACAGAUACAAUGACUGUUGCAGGUCAUACUAUCUCUGUGGCCUACAGUAGACCACCAGAGAAGAGAGACAAGGGUGCAGCCCCGACAGUAGCAGAACUAGUGGCACCUAUUGCUUCUGAAGCUGUAAAGCCUCGUGGUCUCAGCAUGAGGAAGAUGGCAAUGUUCCCAAGAUCUGUACAGCUUUCUAAAGGGACAACUGCGGCUGCCUCAAGCUCAAGAUCAAGCUCAACUUCUUCUUCCUCCUCUUCAUCUGCUCCAGUCACAAACGGUGAAACUCAAAAGCCUAUGACUAAUGCAGAUUUUAGGCAGUUCCUCUUAUCGGGGAAAAAAUCUUGAACAAUUUGUUAUUACACUCCCCUCAAUUCUAGCAGAUUAAACUUCUGCUACCAUAUAGCUAUUCUAUUUGUGUUUUAAGAAGAUAGUAUUAAACAUUUGUUAUUUUCAUAAAA